ACUGCUGUGGACAACUCGGCCAGAAGCUAGAAAGUAUCCAAGUGAAUUCACAACAUCACCACAAACGUCUUUUCAAGCCAGAUGGGCCGAGAAAACCCCGUCGCAGGCUUGGAAAGCCCUCUUCUCAUGAUCCGCCAUUACUAGGAGACCGGUGGUGGAUUGAUCGCCAAGAUGCAGAUUUUCGUCAAAACCCUCACGGGGAAGACUAUAACCCUCGAGGUUGAGCCUUCAGACACCAUUGAAAAUGUCAAGGCCAAAAUCCAAGACAAAGAAGGUAUCCCUCCCGAUCAGCAGAGGUUGAUCUUUGCUGGUAAGCAGCUAGAGGAUGGACGCACACUGUCAGACUACAACAUUCAGAAGGAGUCCACUCUGCAUUUGGUGCUGAGACUCCGUGGGGGUGCCAAAAAGAGGAAGAAGAAGUCCUACACCACUCCCAAAAAGAACAAGCACAAGAGGAAGAAGGUCAAGCUCGCAGUGCUCAAGUACUACAAGGUUGAUGAAAAUGGCAAGAUCCACCGUCUGCGUCGUGAGUGUCCAGCUGAAGAAUGUGGUGCUGGUGUGUUCAUGGCCAGCCACUUCGAUAGGCACUAUUGUGGCAAGUGCUGCCUCACUUACUGCUUCAACAAGCCAGAGGACAAGUAAACCAAUGGAAUGGACUAAAUAAAAUGUUUCAUCAAUCA